CAAAAGCGCCGAAGAAACGUCCCUCCCGCCGCCGCACAGAGCAACACAGAACUGGAUAUCUGCACGCGAGAGCAACGUUUGCUUCCAUAAUAACAUUUCACUUCGCGUCUGUGCUUUAAUACCGUUACGCGUUUGAACACAUUUCGAGCGGAUACAGCGGUAGUAUCUGACGAGGAGCCGCAGACCUGCCGAUAUUCAUUGAAAGCCCGCGGUGAAGUCGGACACGCUGAUGGCGGCGACAGUGGAGGAGCUUUACCGUAACUAUGGCAUCCUCGCCGACGCCAAAGAGGAUCUCAGCACGCACAAAGAUGCAUAUCAGGUAAUUCUAGAUGGUGUCAAAGGAGGAGUGAAGGAAAAGCGACUGGCUGCUCAGUUCAUUCCCAAAUUUUUCAGCAGUUUUCCAGAGCUGGCCGAUGCAGCCAUCAACGCGCAGCUCGAUCUGUGUGAGGAUGAGGAUGUUUCUAUCCGAAGGCAGGCUAUCAAAGAACUUCCUCGUUUCGCGUCUGGAGAGAAUUUACCCAGAGUCGCAGACAUUCUCACACAGCUCUUGCAGACAGAUGAUUCUGCUGAAUUCAAUCAAGUCAACACUGCUUUGAUCUCCAUAUUCAAAAUUGAUGCUAAAGGAACUCUGGGAGGUUUGUUCAGUCAGAUUCUGCAGGGAGAGGAUAUUGUUCGAGAAAGAGCCAUCAAGUUUCUCUCUACUAAGUUGAAAACAAUGCCAGAAGACAUAAUGACAAAGGAGGUGGAAGAUUACAUCUUUGUGGAGACAAAAAAGGUUCUAGAGGAUGUGACGGGCGAGGAGUUUGUGUUGCUGAUGCGUAUCCUGUCUGGACUGAAAAGCAUGCAGACUGUAAGUGGAAGGCAGCAGCUGGUGGAGCUGGUGGUUGAACAGGCCUUCCUGGAACAGGCUUUAAACCCCGCAGAUGCUGACAGCGUGGACCGGCUCCUGCAGUGCACACGCCAGGCCUUGCCACUCUUUUCUAAAAAUGUGCAUUCUACUCGAUUUGUAACGUACUUCUGCGAGUUUGUUCUGCCCAACCUCAGCCUGCUGACCAGCCCUGUGGCAGAACUGGACAUCCAGCUGGAGGUACUGAAGCUAUUAGCAGAGAUGAGUCCGUAUUGUGGCGACAUGGACAAGCUGGAGGUCAAUCUCAAUAUGCUGUUUGAGAAGCUCCUGGAGUUCAUGCCCCUGCCUCCAGAAGAGGAAAAUGGAGAGAACGCAGCGAAUGAAGAGCCCAAACUCCAGUUCAGCUACGUGGAGUGUCUGCUCUUCAGCUUCCACCAGCUGGGGAAAAAACUACCCGACUUUCUCAUCGACAAAGUCAGCGCAGAGAAGCUGAAGGACUUCAAGAUCAGGUUACAGUACUUUGCUCGAGGUCUGCAGGUUUAUAUUCGACAGCUGCGUGUUGCUUUGCAGGGCAAGACUGGAGAUGCAUUGAAAACAGAGGAGAACAAAAUCAAAGUCGUGGCUUUGAAGAUCACCAACAACAUAAAUGUUUUAAUCAAGGAUUUGUUUCAUAAUCCUCCAUCCUACAAAAGCACAGUCACACUAUCUUGGAAACCAGUACAGAAAACCGAAGCAGCAGCAGCAGCAAUCGGCCAGAAGAGGCGGUCUGGAGAGGACCUCGGGGCGACAGCCACAACAAAGAAACAUCCCACAAAUUUGCCCAGGAGAGAUGCCCGACAAAUCUAUAAUCCACCCAGUGGGAAGUACAGCGCCAGCAUCGGGAACUUUUCAUAUGAACAACGAGGAGGCUUCAGAGGAGGAAGAGGACGAGGUUUCGGAGGAAGAGGGAACAGAAGCCGAGGCCGGAUUUAUUAAGAGGACUGAAUAUGCUUCCAUACUCAUGCAAACACAACAAUUUCUCUCUGUUGACACUUUUCUGCUUCCCGGUCUUGACUGACCUCCAUCCAUUCGCUUUCUCAACAUUUUAUUUUUUAUUUUUUAUCUUGGGUGUGUUUUUGGAAAUCAGUUCAGUAUAGCAUCUUGUCCUUGGUUGGCCGUUUGGUUGCAAAUUAGUGGUUUUGUGUUUUGUUUUGUUUUUUUCUCUCCAUCGUCUUUAUGAAUCAAAAGACUGCCAAGGUGUGUAUCUUUUUUCUUUUAAGAUUGUUUUGUAUGGUGACCUGCAUCCUUUGUAUCUUUUUUAACUUUUUAAUUUUUCAGCAUUUUGUUGAAUAAAAAAAAAAAAUCACAGAUUUGUAAGACGUAGAAUUAAUAUUCUUCUGAAUUUUAUCAAACGUGUGUGAGUCAAAUCUUAUCUUUUCUUUUUUUCAGGACAUGUAUAUUUAAGUUUGUAUGACACCUAUUAUGCCCUGAUGUAUGUUUGUUAACUUGAUUGUAUUAAGUUAAAUUCUAGAUUUCUUUUCCAACAUAAGUCAAAUAUUCCAUGGUAAUUGUCCCUUUAGAGAAGGAUUGCCUUUUCAAUAAGUUACAAAAAAAUUGAAGGAACCAGUUGUUUUCAAAUGUUGCUUGCAUAGAUUUGAGUUCGUAUUCGAUUUCAAAUGUUGUGCAUGCUUAGUUUGUAGGAGACAUUUAAGUGUUUUGAUUUGACAAAUCUGACAUUUAUUGUAUGUAUUACUGCUGUUGGUGUUCAUUUCAAGAUAUUUCACCCACAUUAAAAAUCUUUUUGCCUUUUUUCAAAA